AUGCAGAGGGAGUCAGAGGGAGUCAUGCAGAGGGAGUUAGAGGGAGUCAUGCAGAGGGAGUCAUGCAGAGGGAGUCAUGCAGAGGGAGUCAUGCAGAGGGAGUUAGAGGGAGUCAUGCAGAGGGAGUCAUGCAGAGGGAGUCAUGCAGAGGGAGUCAUACAGAGGGAGUCAGAGGGAGUCAUGCAGAGGGAGUUAGAGGGAGUCAUGCAGAGGGAGUCAUGCAGAGGGAGUCAUGCAGAGGGAGUUAGAGGGAGUCAUGCAGAGGGAGUCAUGCAGAGGGAGUUAGAGGGAGUCAUGCAGAGGGAGUCAUGCAGAGGGAGUCAUGCAGAGGGAGUCAUGCAGAGGGAGUCAGAGGGAGUCAUGCAGAGGGAGUCAGAAGGAGUCAUGCAGAGGGAGUCAUGCAGAGGGAGUCAGAGGGAGUCAUGCAGAGGGAGUCAGAAGGAGUCAUGCAGAGGGAGUCAUGCAGAGGGAGUCAGAGGGAGUCAUUCAGAGGGAGUCAUGCAGAGGGAGUCAUGCAGAGGGAGUCAGAGGGAGUCAUGCAGAGGGAGUCAGAAGGAGUCAUGCAGAGGGAGUCAUGCAGAGGGAGUCAGAGGGAGUCAUUCAGAGGGAGUCAUGCAGAGGGAGUCAGAGGGAGUCAUGCAGAGGGAGUCAUGCAGAGGGAGUCAUGCAGAGGGAGUCAGAAGGAGUCAUGCAGAGGGAGUCAUGCAGAGGGAGUCAUUCAGAGGGAGUCAUGCAGAGGGAGUCAUGCAGAGGGAGUCAGAAGGAGUCAUGCAGAGGGAGUCAUGCAGAGGGAGUCAUGCAGAGGGAGUCAGAGGGAGUCAUUCAGAGGGAGUCAUGCAGAGGGAGUCAGAAGGAGUCAUGCAGAGGGAGUCAUGCAGAGGGAGUCAGAGGGAGUCAUGCAGAGGGAGUCAUGCAGAGGGAGUCAUGCAGAGGGAGUCAGAGGGAGUCAUUCAGAGGGAGUCAUGCAGAGGGAGUCAUGCAGAGGGAGUCAGAGGGAGUCAUGCAGAGGGAGUCAUGCAGAGGGAGUCAGAAGGAGUCAUGCAGAGGGAGUCAUGCAGAGGGAGUCAGAGGGAGUCAUUCAGAGGGAGUCAUGCAGAGGGAGUCAUGCAGAGGGAGUCAGAAGGAGUCAUGCAGAGGGAGUCAGAAGGAGUCAUGCAGAGGGAGUCAUACAGAGGGAGUCAGUCAUACAGAGGGAGUCAUGCAGAGGGAGUCAUACAGAGGGAGUCAUACAGAGGGAGUCAUGCAGAGGGAGUCAUGCAGAGGGAGUUAGAGGGAGUCAUGCAGAGGGAGUCAGAAGGAGUCAUGCAGAGGGAGUCAGGAGUCAUGCAGAGGGAGUCAUGCAGAGGGAGUCAGAAGGAGUCAUGCAGAGGGAGUCAUGCAGAGGGAGUCAGAAGGAGUCAUGCAGAGGGAGUCAUGCAGAGGGAGUCAGAGGGAGUCAUACAGAGGGAGUCAUGCAGAGGGAGUCAUGCAGAGGGAGUUAGAGGGAGUCAUGCAGAGGGAGUCAGAGGGAGUCAUACAGAGGGAGUCAUGCAGAGGGAGUCAGCAGAGGGAGUCAUGCAGAGGGAGUCAGAGGGAGUCAUGCAGAGGGAGUCAGAGGGAGUCAUACAGAGGGAGUCAUACAGAGGGAGUCAUGCAGAGGGAGUCAUGCAGAGGGAGUUAGAGGGAGUCAUGCAGAGGGAGUCAUGCAGAGGGAGUUAG